AUGUGUGUGGGGGCUGUUCAGAGGUCUGUCUGCUUUGGUCUCUGCCCAGAUGAUGAAUGUCAGUUCACAGUCCUGACUGUCCCUAAAGAUCAAAUCAGUUUUUUUGCUUUUUUGUUUGUUUGUUUGUUUGUUCAUAAAGCUUUUUUGUUUCUGUUACAUUAUGUAGUUUUGUACCAAUGGCUAGAAGCAGAUCGUCAUGGCAAGAGCCAAGAUGCUGCAAAUACGACCUCAGGUGAAAAUUUUGACCAGAGUCCUUUGAGAAGAACAUUCAAAUCUAAGGUUCUGGCCCAUUAUCCUCAGAAUAUAGAGUGGAACCCCUUUGAUCAAGAUGCAGUGAACAUGCUGUGCAUGCCAAAAGGGCUGUCUUUCAGAACACAGACUGACAACAGAGACCCUCAGUUCCAUUCAUUUAUAAUUACUCGGGAAGAUGGUUCUCGCACCUACGGUUUUGUUCUCACUUUUUAUGAAGAAGUUACAAGUAAGCAAAUCUGCACAGCUAUGCAGACACUGUACCAGAUGCACAACGCGGAGCAUUACAGCAGCGUCUACGCUUCCUCCUCCUGCAGCAUGGACUCGCUGGCCAGCAGCAUUGACGAGGGAGAUACAACUUCCCUUUUGAAACUACAGCGAUACAACUCCUAUGACAUCAGCAGAGACACCCUGUAUGUUUCCAAAAGUAUAUGUUUGAUAACACCACUGCCUUUCAUGCAGGCCUGCAAGAAAUUCCUCAUCCAGCUUCACAAGGCAGUUACCUCACAGCAGCCACCACCCUUGCCGCUGGAGAGCUACAUCCACAAUAUUCUCUAUGAGGUACCCCUUCCACCUCCAGGGAGAUCUCUGAAAUUUUAUGGUGUUUAUGAACCUGUCAUAUGCCAGAGGCCUGGGCCCAAUGAACUCCCCCUCUCUGAUUACCCUCUUCGAGAAGCCUUCGAGCUCCUGGGAUUGGAGAACCUGGUGCAGCUGUUCACCUGUGUUCUUUUAGAGAUGCAGAUCCUUCUCUACUCACAAGAUUAUCAACGCCUGAUGACUGUGGCGGAAGGCAUCACCACACUUUUGUUCCCAUUUCAGUGGCAGCAUGUAUAUGUGCCCAUCCUCCCUGCUUCUCUGCUACAUUUUCUUGAUGCUCCUGUCCCUUAUCUGAUGGGCCUUCAGUCAAAAGAAGGAACUGACCGUUCUAAACUAGAACUUCCUCAAGAGGCUAAUUUGUGUUUUGUGGAUAUUGACAACCAUUUUAUUGAGUUGCCUGAAGAAUUUCCACAGUUCCCCAACAAAGUGGAUUUUAUACAGGAACUCUCUGAAGUUCUUCUUCACUUUGGGAUCCCUCCUGAGGGCAGCCUACAUUGCAGUGAGAGUGCCACCAAGCUGAAGAAUCUGGUUCUGAAAGACUUGGUCAAUGACAAGAAGAAUGGCAACAUCUCCACUAAUAACAUCAGCAUGUAUGAGUUACUAAAAGGCAACGAAACCAUAGCCCGCCUCCAAGCUCUGGCUAAGCGGACCGGUGUGACCGUGGAAAAAAUGGACCUCUCUGCCUCUCUGGGUGAAAAAGAAAAGGAUUUGAAACUGCAGUGUGAAGAGGCAGAGCUAAGGGACUACCAGCUCAACGUACAGCUCCGAGAGGUGUUUGCUAACCGCUUUACACAGAUGUUUGCAGACUACGAAGCGUUUGUGAUUCAGAGUGCCCAGGACUUGGAGUCCUGGCUCACCAACCGGGAACAGAUGCAGAACUUUGACAAAGCUUCCUUUCUGUGUGACCAGCCUGAGCCAUACCUGCCAUUCCUUUCACGCUUCAUUGAAACACAGAUGUUUGCCACCUUUAUUGAUAAUAAAAUUAUGUCUCAGUGGGAGGAGAAAGAUCCCUUGCUUCGGGUCUUUGACUCUCGGAUUGAGAAGAUAAGACUGUAUAAUGUAAGGGCACCCACCUUGAGGACAUCUAUAUAUCAGAAAUGCAGCACUUUAAAAGAAGCAGCUCAGUCAGUUGAGCAGCGGCUGAUGAAAAUGGACCACACUGCAAUCCACCCACAUCUGCUUGAUAUGAAAAUUGGUCAAGGAAAAUAUGAACAAGGGUUCUUUCCAAAGUUACAGUCCGACGUCUUGGCAACAGGACCAACUAAUAACAAUCGCUGGGUAAGUCGGAGCGCCACCACGCAGCGCAGAAAAGACCGCCUUCGCCAGCCUUCCGAGCAUGUUGGGCUGGACAACGACUUGAGGGAGAAAUAUAUGCAGGAGGCACGAAGUUUAGGAAAAAACCUGAGGCAGCCCAAAUUGUCAGACCUCUCUCCUGCAGUGAUUGCACAAACCAACUGGAAGUUUGUAGAAGGCUUGUUAAAGGAAUGUAGAAUGAAGACCAAACGUAUGUUGGUGGAGAAGAUGGGCCACGAAGCGGUGGAACUGGGCCAUGGAGAAGCAAACAUCACGGGCUUGGAAGAGAACACCUUGAUCGCCAGCCUCUGCGACCUCCUGGAGAGGAUAUGGAGCCAUGGCUUGCAGGUCAAGCAGGGGAAGUCGGCUUUGUGGUCACAUUUAAUUCAGUUUCAGGACAGAGAAGAGAAACAAGAGCACCUUGCAGAAUCGCCAGUUGCCCUGGGACCAGAAAGAAGAAAAUCUGACUCCGGAGUUAUGUUGCCAACACUCAGGGUCUCCCUUAUCCAAGACAUGAGGCAUAUUCAGAACAUGAGCGAGAUCAAGACUGAUGUUGGACGAGCCAGGGCAUGGAUAAGGCUGUCUCUAGAAAAGAAACUCUUGUCCCAGCAUCUCAAGCAGUUGCUGUCUAACCAGCCACUCACCAGGAAGCUUUACAAGCGUUACGCUUUCCUCCGCUGUGAGGAAGAAAGGGAGCAGUUCCUUUACCACCUUCUUUCGCUCAACGCCGUGGACUACUUCUGCUUCACCAGCGUCUUCACCACCAUCAUGAUUCCUUAUAGGUCAGUGAUCAUCCCCAUCAAGAAGCUGAGCAAUGCAAUCAUCACAUCCAACCCCUGGAUCUGUGUGUCAGGAGAGCUGGGAGACACGGGAGUGAUGCAGAUCCCAAAAAACCUCCUCGAGAUGACUUUUGAGUGCCAGAACUUGGGGAAGCUGACCACUGUUCAGAUCGGUCACGAUAACUCAGGACUGUUAGCCAAGUGGCUAGUGGAUUGUGUCAUGGUCAGAAAUGAAAUCACAGGACAUACAUACAGGUUCCCAUGUGGGCGGUGGCUGGGGAAAGGCAUUGAUGAUGGGAGCCUGGAGAGAAUUCUCAUUGGAGAGCUGAUGGCGUCUGCGGCAGAUGAGGACCUGGUAAGGCAGUGUCGGACUCCCCCACAGCAGAAGUCGCCCACUACGGCCAGGAGGCUGAGCAUCACUUCACUAACAGGAAAAGCCACCAAACCCAAUGCUGGGCAGAUCCAGGAAGGAAUUGGAGAAGCUGUGAACAACAUUGUGAAGCAUUUUCACAAACCUGAAAAAGAGAGAGGAAGCCUCACGGUGUUGCUGUGCGGAGAGAACGGCCUGGUUGCAGCCCUUGAACAGGUUUUCCACCAUGGAUUCAAAUCUGCCCGCAUCUUUCACAAGAACAUCUUCAUCUGGGACUUCAUAGAGAGAGCGGUUACUUAUUUUGAAACCACUGACAAUGAAGAUGAUGUUCUUAUUCAGAAAUCAUCCUGCAAAACCUUCUGCCACUAUGUCAAUGCUAUUAAUACUGCACCCAGGAACAUUGGGAAGGAUGGCAAAUUCCAGAUUUUAGUCUGCCUUGGAACACGGGAUCGCCUGCUCCCACAGUGGAUUCCACUGUUAGCCGAGUGUCCUGCCAUUACCCGAAUGUAUGAAGAGAGCGCCCUCCUGCGGGACCGCAUGACCGUCAACUCCCUCAUCCGCAUUCUGCAGACCAUCCAGGACUUCACCAUCAUCUUAGAAGGCUCUCUCAUCAAAGGAGUGGAUGUGUAACCCAAUCAGCUAGAAAUUCUCAGUCCAGACCCCUUGCUCCCGAACCUUCCUUGUCCACGGGACCGAUGUGGACUUGUCUGACGAGGUAGUGAGUCACUGCAGGGGCAAUGCACCUUAUGCCCUGAUUUGAACAAUCCUCAUGCUGCAGACAAGGCAAAACGCUGUAUUGUAGUUCAUUUGAACCAGGAAUUUAGUAUAAAAUAGAGUAUUUUCAUGUGUUAGAUGUGUGUAAAUACGCUAUCUUCUUUAAAAAAUUAUAUUACUCUAAUAAGAUACUUUUCUUAGAUUGAAUAUUCCUGUGAUUUAAAAUAAGUAGCUUAAAAGCACUGGGAAUUGGGGGAGGAGUGGUGCUAGUCAGGAAGAAGCCAGUACACAUGUAAAUACCGUACAACCCAGUUGAGCUUUUUCCCCUCCAGGUAUCACACAGGAGCCCAGAGGCAUUGUUGUGUCAUGGCCCAUCCUUCCUGGUGUCUGACCCUCUGUGUUGUGAAUGCGAACAGCUCUGCCUACUGUACAGGGCAGCCUGUACUUGUCUCUUUUAAGUUGCAAAUGGUUUCAUACAUAUGAAUUGAGUCACUUUUCCAUUCUUUCGGGAAGUUUUUUCUCUCUGCACAAGAUGAAGAUAUAAUUCAAAUACUUUAAACACCGAACCCCAGGAGCUUGGCUUAACUGGGAAGAGAGCACACAAAGCCCCAAGAAGUGUGUUAAAUGGUGGGAUUAUAGCCUCUUUACUCUUUGGAAAGAUUAGCCUAGACUAACUUCAUUCUUGGCAUUUUUAUUCUUGUUAUUUGAGGUACUCUGGGCAGAUGUCACAGUCAUAACAACUGCAAACAGCAGUUUGAUCCUGUGCUUUUUAUUUGGCCAUCUGAACCCUGCAGUGGUCUCUUACCUCUGAGGGAUCACCGAAAGCCGGCUUUGUUUGGUUCCCAUCGCCCCCUCCCCUCCCCGUGCCCAGCCCCCUCUCAGGAAAUGGAAGGAAUGUCUGAGAAGGAGGAGAGCUCGGUGUAGCCUGGAAUGUUUUUGUGAAAGUAUUUGUUGACCAAGAUAAUGCAAAUAACAGAAAGAGGGAGAAAGAAUGAACCCUUUCUGGGUGUUUCAGAGUAAGCUUUCUGUUCCUUUGUAAGAAUGGAGUGAUAACGUGAAACAACUGGCCCAGAGACGGUAAAAGCCAGCGCAGCACAGACGCAAAAUGCAAGCAAAACAAGAGGCAGCAGUUUUGAAAGACCAAAUGUUGUAACUCUCCAGUUCAGUAUUUUAUAAGGAAGUUAAAUAAACGUGGUGUUAGCUAGUCACCUGAAGUCUUCACCAUAGAGUAGGCCCUGUAGCUCUAAUUAGGCAUUUGCACAUUGUUAGUGAAACUGCUCGGCAGAGCUCCAGUUUUAUUCCCAGUUGUGGCUGAGACGCAGAGCCAUGGCCUCUCAGGACCCUUGUGCGAUUUGAGGGUCCUGGGCUGCAGCCAACAGUGUCAUCCCCUUAUCUCCUGGAGGAAGACUAACGCCUUCAGAUGAAACAAGCGCCCCACUCCCUUUAUCAGACACUGUCUUCAGCCAGGCAGCCCAGGCACACCCCCUUUGAUAUGUGACUUAGUUCUUAAGGAGGGAAGGGGGGUUGAAGAAUUUAGAAACCCAUGGGAAGGGGUUAAUAAGGUGGUUCUGGGUGACCUGGGGACUAGAGAUUUGUUUGCUGAGGCUAAAGUGUGUCUGUGGUGUGGCUUUUCAGGGUCAUGGACAUUCUUCAGUGGGAGAUGUCCUCCACCUGCUUGACACCACGCUCUUACUGUGUUUCAGUGAUCAGAAACCACAGACUGACGCAGUCCAGGGGCUGGUUCUCAGUACCUUCUCCAUGAGGCCCUGCCUCUGACGCACUCUGGGCAGCCAGGGAGACGGCUUAGCUUAGAUUGAGUCAUCUUGUCCAGCUUCUCAUCUCAUAGAUGGAACACUCAAGGAUUAAAGAGAUUACAUACUCCCACAGCUGGUCAGCGACAUCCCAGGGUCUAGAAUUCACGUUUUUUUAUUCCACCAGGCUGCAUGACACUGACCUCCAGGGCACUCAUCUUAAGUCUUUCCACCCUUGGAUCUUUAUGCAUUCAUCUAUACAGAUAGGAAAUAAGGAUUAAUAUUCAUGUCUAAGAAUCAUUUAUGAGGAUUAGUAUUCAUUUUAACAAAUUGUUCACAAGUUGUAAAAAUGGAGAAAAUUGGGUCUGGGGUCUGUGACUAAAACCAUUAUUUCAAAGGGCAAUGCCCAAAAGGAGUUGUACCUUAAGUUUUAUCCCACUUCAUGCAGUGUGACUGCCACCGUGAAAUGACCAAUUUCAAAAGAGAGAUACACACCCUCUACAAUACUAGGCCCUUUAAAGCAGUCACCUCGGGAGCCCAUUUAUCUUAGUCUAGUGGUACAGCCAGCACUCCAAACACGUGGGGGCCUCUAUGAGCAGCUCGAAAGGCCGACAGCCCAUAGGAUCCAGGUUGAUGAAUAAAAAGGGGGCUCGAGCAGAGUUUGAGUCCCAUAAGAAACAUAAUUCUAAAGAAACAAGAUUUAGUUCUUAUGUGGCUUGUAACAGUCUCUGAUCCAGUACCAAAUUGUUUUGAGCAGGACAAUAGCAGAAUCCUCAGAAUAAAUGUACAUAGCCUCCAAAGCUGACUUUUGCAAGGACCAUAUCUAUUUAGAGAGGUACCUUUUCUGUUACAUUUAUUUUUUAAAUUGGCAUAUUGCUUUAUAAUCACACCUCAAAGUUAAAAUAAAUAAAAAUUAUUUUGUAAUUGAUUUUUUUUCUUCCUCAAAUUAAAAUUCAUGUCUGGAACCAUAAUUAGUAUUUUUGCAUAACAGUGGCUUAAAAAGAAAUUGUUGUAAAAUUAAAUUUCCAAAAAUAUUGUCUCUUGAAACAUUGUUUUCAAGUGUUUUUUUAAGUGUCCCGAAACUCCUAAUCCCAACCUUUGUGAUCCAGUAGCAUUACACCAAUGUUGGUAUUAUAUGUGAGACCCUACAGCUGUGCCCUGUCGGGGUCAUUAGCACCUUAAAAUGACUGAGGCACAGUAUCCAGAGGUAUAAAGUGGGUUCUCGGUCGUUGGAAACAGGCCACCAAGAAAAACAAUAAGGCCUCCCGGCCCUUCCCAUCCUCUUUCCACUGGGGGCAAGAAUUUGAUAGAAGUAACCUAGAACUUGCAAAAGUUUGCAGUUUCCCUCAAAAAUUUAUUUUAAAUGUUUCAGAGACUUUUGUACCUUUUGUAACCCUGCGGUAUUUACUUUAACAUGGCUUUUAAAGAAAUCAUUUUAAUGGACUUCUGUCACACUGUAUGAAUGAUAGAGGAGUAAUACUGAAUUGCUGUUUCCUUUUUUGGCAAUAAAUCACUGUUGUAUGUAGAUGUAAGUGAAAGGGGUAGAGACUAUACGUAACAGUUUGUGUGUAGUAUAUGUUGACACCUCUAGAUAUUGUGAAACAUGAGGCAACAGACAAGGACCUCAGAUCCCCAGGGAAAUAUUUAUUUGACAGCACUGAGAGUGUAGCUCUUAAUAAUGAAAUCUCUUUCUGCUAAGAAUUGUGAUUUUUCAGAAGAUUUUUAUGUUGAGAACUGUGAGUAUUUUCUCUGUGAGGUUUACAGAAAUUAGUCGAUCUUUUCACCAUGCUGAAAGGACAAUCUGAACCUUCGCUAUUUAUAUUUCAGUAUUAACACACCUUCAUUGAUUGCAAAUGGAGUCUUCAGCUCCUCUCUGCUUUUAUAAAGUGAAUCCUGUUUCCAAGUCAUCCAUGUCUUUUGAAGUCCCUAUUUUUAUGUAAGUAUUUAUUACAUUACCAUUUAGCUUAAAAGGAGACAGAAACAAAUAAUAAGCUGUUAGACCCCUUAUUCCUAUUAAAAUACACUUAUAAAUCUUUUGAAUGAAACUGAUUUCCAAGCUUUUUGAAGAGGACAUUGAUGGAGUGUGAUCAAAAGAAACUAAGGAGAACCUCACCCUUUCAAAUCUUUAGAACUGGUCGUUCUCUCAAGGACAAAAUAAAAAUUGGCUCCAGAAAGGUAUCACAUUGAGCAAUUAAUACCAGAGUGGAAAAUAUUAUCAAAGGAUGUCUCCUCCUUUGCAAACUAAACUCUCAUUUGAAGGAAUCCAGGGUAUCCUUGGGUUAUAUGGGAGGGAAUGAUGCUUGAUUCAAUUACCUGAAUGUAUUGUGUGUGGCUAGUCUUUAUUCCAAACACCAAAUCUUGACAGAGAAGCAUUGGUAAGGAGUUCCUGUUGUCAAUCAACUGAAGGUGUUCAACAUAUAGAAAAAAUCCUCCAUGUUACACUUGAACCAUGUAUAAAUGUACCCUGUGUGUGUUUUUAACAAAUGAGCAUUUCUGCAUUUAAAUUAUAUUGUUUUUCUUUGUAUUGUUAAAAUGCAUCAGAACUGGAUUUUUUUUUCUCAUCUGAACAUAAUAUAAAAUUUGAAGAGUAUUGUGAUAUCAAGCACUUUAGCAUACAUAUCAGAGAAACUGACGUGGGUUUUUCAGGUUUUGGAGUACAUUUAAAUAUGACUUUUCAUGCUUUGUUCUUUACAAAUAAAACUGUGGGGUUGAUACUUUG